UUUUUUUUUGCCAUUUUUACAACUUUUAUCCGCAAAUGGAGCUUUUUAACGAAAGUGAUACAUUUAAGAUGUACUUUUGCGAGAAUAGGUUAAAAACUUUUGAAGGGUGGCCAUUUGACGAAGACUGCGCCUGCACACCGGAAAACAUGGCAAAGGCUGGCUUCAUUUACACGCCUGUCGACAACAGCCCAGAUGCUGCCACGUGUUUCUUCUGCCUCAAGGAGUUGGAGGGCUGGGAGCCGGACAAUGACCCACAGAAAGAGCACAAAUCGCAUUCACUCUCGUGUCACUUCUUGGCCCUGAAGAAGAAAGUAGAGGAGCUGCCUUUGAACGAGUUCUUGAAGCUCCACCAGGCGAGGCACAAGCGCCUCAUCAGCAAAAACUGUAACGAGGCCGUCGACAAGUUUGAGGUGGCUGCAAGAUUGGUGAAAUCGGAAAUUCUCAAGAUGGAAAUGGGCAAAUAAGACAUUGGGUGUGUAUGUAAAUAUGUACAGCAUUUGUUUUGUGUUAGCUACACUUUGCCGUUUUUAUUCGUAAAUUGUGGACGGUAUUUUUUAUUUUACUUAUACAUUGUACCUUUCAGUUUAAGGUUUACUUAGUGCGGUCUCAGUGCAUGUUUUUUUUACCAUAUAUGAUUACCCAUAUAAGUUUUCAUGUAGGGACGGCGUGGCGCAGUGGAUGAGUGGCCGUGCACAACCCGAGGGUCCCUGGUUCAAUUCCCACCUAGUACCAACCUCGUCACGUCCGUUGUGUCCUGAGCAAGACACUUCACCCUUGCUCCUGAUGGGUGCUGGUUGGCGCCUUGCAUGGCAGCUCCCUCCAUCAGUGUGUGAAUGUGUGUGUGAAUGGGUAAAUGUGGAAGUAGUGUCAAAG